AUGCCUGCUGACAUCCGGUCCUUCUUUGGGCCAAAGGGUGGUGCACCUCCCAAGCCCGCACCGAAGAAGGUCGAGGAGCCGCCCAAGAGUCGAAGGGGCAGAAAGGUCGUGGAAGACAGCGACGAUGAGGAAGCACCUGCUCCCGCACCAAAGCCUGCGGCCAAGGCCGCCGACAAAAAGAAGAUCAAGAGCGAGGCUGUGAAGGGAACAGAGACAACCGCUAGCGAUUACUUCUCAUCAUCAAAGACCUCGAAACCAGCGCCCUCGCCGAAGACAGACCGAACAACCAAGGUGAAGACCGAGGUGGAGAUCCGUACAAGCCCACGCAACAAGAAGGUCGCAGCCAGACCAACCGAAGAGCCUGCCAAAAACGGAACAACAGCUUCAAAGAAGCGUACGACCACGGCUUUCAAGAAGUACGACUCGGACGACGACGCCGAUGCCUAUGUUGACGAGGGUGACAAUGACGAUGAUGGCGAUAUCUUCGCGGCGGAUAUCAAGGGACGGAACAAGCGAAAGAACGACGACUACGCGGAGGACGAUAGUGACGAGGAGGUGCUACCGAAGCCCAAGCGCGUGGCCUCUCGGAGUGCUGCGGCUGCGGCUCCCACCAAGGCAGCAGCUGGCACAAAGAGGCGCAAGACCCCCGAGGAGGAAUCUGAGGACUCUGAGGAAGAGCAACCUCCGCAAAAGAAGAAGGCACCCGCGAAGCCUCGUGCUCCUAGAGCCAAGAAAGCCGAUGUCCCCGAGGACGCCACCUAUCAGUCGAUUCUGGACGACAUUCCUACCGUCCGCCCUCCCACACCUCCCCCGCAAGACCCCAACGCGAAGUUUGACUGGCGUAAGUCAGCUGCUGGAGGUGGCAACAGCAGUGCUGCACCCCCGAAUGCUGGAGCUGCAGAGCUUCCCGAGGGUGAAGAUGAGUGCCUUUCAGGCUUGACUUUUGUCUUCACUGGAGUGCUGCAAACGAUCGGCCGCGAAGAAGGACAGGCUCUGGUCAAGAAGUACGGCGGCAAAGUUACAGGAUCACCAAGCAGCAAGACGAGUUACGUUGUGCUAGGCGACGACGCAGGCCCAAGCAAGUUGAGGAAGAUCAAGGAUCUCGGCAUCAAGACGAUCAAUGAGGAGGGUCUGUUCGAGCUUAUUCGACGUCUCCCAGCAUACGGUGGCAGUGGUAAAGGCGCUGAGAAGGCACGCGAGAAGAAGAAGCAGGAAGAGGAAAACAUCAAGAAGCAGGCUCUGGAAAUGGAACGAGAAGAGAAAGCUAGGAAGGCCGCAGCUGAGAAGGCUGCGAAACAGGCAGCUGCAGCUCGUGGCACAACCACCGCGACAGCUCCGGCGGCUGCUCCAGUGCAGCUCUGGACUUCCAAAUACGCGCCAAGUCAACUUAACCACAUCUGUGGCAACAAGUCCCAGGUCGAGAAAAUCCAAGCCUGGCUCAGAAAUUGGCAAAAGUCAAGGAAAUACGACUUCCAGAAGCGUGGUGCAGACGGCAUGGGCGGCACCCGUGCCAUCAUCAUCUCCGGCCCCCCUGGUAUCGGCAAGACGACUGCUGCCCACCUGGCUGCAAAACUUGAGGGUUUCGACGUAAUUGAGAGUAACGCCAGUGACACGCGCAGCAAGAAGCUUGUCGAGAAUGGCGUGAGUGAAAUCAUGAACAACACUUCGCUCCUUGGUUACUUUGCCGGAGACGGCAAAAAGGUCGAUGGGGUCAAGAAGAACAUCGUGUUGAUCAUGGAUGAGGUUGACGGAAUGUCUGCCGGCGACCGAGGUGGUGUUGGAGCUCUCGCGAAGUUCUGUAAGAAGACCGAGGUGCCCCUCAUUCUCAUCUGCAACGAGCGCAAGCUGCCGAAGAUGAAGCCCUUCGACUUCGUCACCACGGAUGUCCCGUUCCGACGCCCAACGGUGGAGCAAGUUCGGUCUCGUAUCAUGACUAUUUGCCAUCGUGAAGGGUUGAAACUGCCCGUGCCGGUGGUGGACGCCCUGAUUGAAGGCAGCAAUAAGGAUAUUCGACAGAUUAUCAACAUGAUAUCGACAGCCAAGCUCGACCAAGCAAACAUGAACUACGAUCAAGGCAAGGUGAUGACGAAGGCUUGGGAGAAGCACGUCAUUCUGAAGCCAUGGGAUAUCUGCCAGAAGAUGCUUGGGGGUGGAUUAUUCGCUCCCGCCAGCAAGACCACCCUCAACGAGAAGAUUGAGCUCUAUUUCAACGAUCAUGAGUUCAGUUAUCUCAUGAUCCAGGAGAAUUACCUCAAAAGCAAGCCGAUGGCGCUCAACCACAAGGGCUACAACAAGAGAGAGGAGAAUCUCAAGUACCUCGAACUCGUGGAUCAGGCUGCUGAGAGCAUCAGUGAUGGUGACUUGGUCGAUCGUAUGAUUCAUGGACCGCAGCAACAGUGGAGUCUCAUGCCUACCCACGCAAUUUUCAGCACUGUCCGUCCCGCAAGCUACAUCGCUGGCCAGCUUAUGGGCUCCAGCUUCACUUCUUGGCUCGGCAAUAACAGCAAGACCGGCAAGCUGAGCCGUUACAUCCGUGAGAUUCACUCUCAUAUGCGACUCAGAUCAUCAGGCGAUGCCCAUGAGAUUCGUCAGCAGUACUUGCCCGUCCUAUGGGACCAGCUCAUCCGUCGCUUGUCUGUCGAGGGCAAGGACUGCGUGGAAGAGAUUAUCCUACUAAUGGACAGCUACUACUUGACGCGAGACGACUUUGACGCCAUUCAAGAAUUGGGCGUUGGACCCCAGGCCGAGGGUCGUGCUGAAAUCGAGUCAAAGACGAAGGCCGCAUUCACUCGAACAUAUAACGCCAUGUCGCAUCCCAUUCCAUUCAUGAAGUCUAGCAACGUGAUGGCUCCCAAGGCUGCUAAAGUGGCCCCGGACCUGGAGGAGGCCAUCGAGGAAGAGGACGAUGCCGCUGUUGCUGAACCUGCUGAGCCUGCUGAAGAGGAUGAGCUUGAUCUGAAGGGAGAUAAAUACAUCAAGCAGCCCAAGCCCAAGGCUAAGAGAGCCACCAAGAAGGCCAAAGCAGAGGAGGACGAAGAUGAUGAUGCGGAUGCCAAGCCUAAGAGAGGACGUCCCAAGGCCAAGACUACAGCAGCAAAGGGCAAGGGCAAGAAAUAA